AUGUCGAACCAUCACAGUAAAACAAAAAAGACAUCAAUGCUCGGCCGUGAAGAUUACAUUUAUAGUCAUGACAUUACAAACAAAAACAAAAAAGAAAAGCUCAACGGUGCUUCCAAAAACAACGACUACAAUCAAGACGACGAUGACGAAACGAUGAAAAGUAAAAUGAUGGAUUUUUGCGACAAAACAACGGCUCAUGGAGCAAAACGGGUUCUAAUUGCAAGAAAUAGUUUUUCAAAACUAAUGUGGGGUCUGAUCAUCUUCUCCUUUUUAUUGAUGUUUGCUUAUCAAGCCAGCAAGUUGAUUUUCAAAUUCAGCGCCCACGAAAAAAUCACGGAUAUUUCGCUAAAAUUUGACGACGUAGAGUUUCCAGCAAUCACAUUUUGCAAUCUGAAUCCAUAUAAAAAGAGUCUUGUUAUGAUGGUUCCAUCCAUUCGAGAUACGAUGGACGUCUACGAUAAUGCCAAAACACAUAGUAAAUCUGAAGGAGAAAAGAAAAAACCCAAAGUUUCCCGCAAACAACAUUCUGAUGCAAGCCAGCAGAUGGUCCGUGAGCUCUUUGCAAAAGAGAUUGAAGAAGGAAUGGUAGAGCUAAAAAAAUCAAACAAAACAUUACAAUCUCAAAACAAAUCGGGAAGACGGAGAUCUCAGAGAUCGAUUGAAAAUCGAAGAUACGAAGCAAUAGAGGCUCAUUGUAAAUGUGUUGGAAAUAUUGGCAUGGAGUGUAUCCGAUUCGAAUCUCCACCGAGGGACCCGUCGUCCAAAUGCAUUUGUACCUACGACAGGGACAUGGAAGUCGCUUGGCCAUGCUUCAAUAUAAGUGUGUGGUACGAUCACGAAUGUCCACUUUGUCAUGAUGAUGGAUAUUGUGAAUCUACUCUCCCAUCUGGCACAACAUCAUCAGACAAAUGGCCAUGUAUGUGCAGGAAUCGAGGAGAUACUAGUGAGCGAGAUGACCCACUUGAACUUAUUUACGGAUUCCGCAAGACUCCCUAUUGCAUUGGUAAAGCCGGUGUGGGUAAAAUUGAAAUUCGAAAACUUUGGCUUGAAAACAAUAUGACAACAACAUCAACAACUACUACAACAACCACAACCCCACCACCAACAACGACCUCCACAACUACAACUACCACAACGACACCUCCUCCCACGACCACUGUUUCUACUUCUACUUCUACCACUUCAACCACAACUACGACUACUACAACGACAACACCACGACCUACAACAACAGAAAAAACUACUACUACCCCAAGACCAACGACUUCAACAACUUCAACAACCACUACAACACAUCCGCCAACUACAACCACCACCCCAUAUCCAACCCGUCCAAACCAAAGAGCAAUUGUCAGUAACCCUGAAACUAUCAAGGCUAUGGGUUUUCAGGGCAUGACUGAUGGAGUAGCAAUGUUAACACGGGCCAAGGAAAACUUAAUGUUCACAAUGGCAGCUUUAUCAGAUAAACAGAGGAUUGCAUUGAGUCAAUCCAAACAUGAAUUUAUUGAAAUGUGUUCAUUUAAUGGAAAAGAAUGUGAUAUUGAUGAAGAUUUCCGGCUUCACGUUGAUCCGGAAUUCGGAAACUGCUUUACUUUCAAUUAUGACGUCAAUAACAACUACACAAGUAGCCGAGCUGGUCCGAUGUAUGGAAUUCGUGUCCUUCUAUUCGUAAACACAUCAGAUUAUAUGUCAACUUCUGAGUCAUCCGGAGUUCGACUGGCCAUCCAUCCACCAACUGAGUACCCGUUCCCCGACACAUUCGGCUAUUCUGCGCCAGUUGGUUUUGCAAGUAGUUUUGGAAUCAAAAAGAAAGUGAUGCAAAGGUUGCCAGCACCAUAUGGAGAAUGUGUAGAAACGAAGAAAGUUGUAGACAGAAAUUAUAUUUACGCGGGGUACGAUUAUCAUCCAGAAGGUUGUCAUAGAAGUUGCUUCCAAAAUGGACUGAUUGAUGAUUGUUCGUGUGGAGAUCCUCGUUUCCCAGUACCAGAAGGUUAUAGACAUUGCUCGGCAUUUAAUGCAACAGCUCGUACCUGUCUUGAGAAGAACAUUGGCUCAGUUGGAGAUUUCCAUCAUAUCACUCAAAAAAUGGACAAAUGCGUGUGUAAGCAAUCAUGUGAAGAAAUUAUUCAUGAAGUUACCUUUUCAUGCUCCAAAUGGCCUUCGGGAGCUACUGACCUUGGAGACUGUGAUGGUAUGACAGAAAGCGAGUGCGAACAAUACUAUCGGCUAAAUGCGGCAAUGAUCGAGGUAUUCUACGAACAACUGAACUACGAACUGCUUCAAGAAUCAGAGGCAUACGGUUUGGUUAACUUGAUCGCCGAUUUUGGAGGACAUUUAGGACUUUGGCUAGGAUUCUCCGUAAUCACCGUGAUGGAAGUUUGUGUUCUGCUUGUUGAUAUGAUUUCCCUUUUCUUUAAAAGUCGGCACGAAGAAAAACUUCUGAGACAGAGCACAAAAAGGAAAGAUGUUCCAGAAGAUAAACGGCAAAUUACAGUUGGAUCAGGGCGAAAGUCAGACGCUUUCGUAUCAAUAUAA